AUGUCUGGCAGCAACCCUGAAUCUACUACUUACCCUUUCUCAUCUCACCCUGAACCUACCCUUUCUCGAUCAUCGUCUUUGAUGUCAAUGGAUAGCCCUUCACCUGCUGAAAAUGAUCCAUCAUCUUCUGCCUCAUCAAGAUCAAGAUUUAGAGGAAGAGGUCAGACCUGGUCACUUAACGAGGAAGUCUCUCUAUGUCAAGCCUGGGUCCAUAUUUCCGAAAAUCCUGCCAUUGGUACCGGCCAAAACAGAACUGGCUUUUGGAAGUCUGUUCAUGACCAUUGGCGCUUGAUUGUUGAUAAUCGUAGUCCUGUACGUUCGGUUGAAUCAUUGGAAGCACGGUGGAAAGUUAUCCAGUACGAAGUCUCAAAGUUUAUCGGCUUCGUUGAGGCGGCUAAAGGUCGCAGUGGAUGCAAUGGGGCUGAUGAGAUCAAUGCUGCCCGUCAACUAUUCCGUGAGAGCACAGCAGCAGCUGGAAAACCAGGAAAGGAGUUUCAGUUCAUGCAUUGCUAUGAGUAUCUCAAAGAAUGCCAGAAGUUCAGCACUCGAUAUAUACAAAAAACGCAGCCAGCAGUUGUCGAGUCGGUCGCAGAUGAAGUGAGGCCAACGGGAAACAAGAAGGCAAAGGCCAAGCAAGCUGAAGAGCAUGCCAACAAAAGAAAGGCUGACGAGUUGCUCGAAGUGCAACAGGAACUUUCAAAAAUUGCACGCCAAAAGCUUGAAGUCGCCCAAGAAGCAUGCGAGCUUGAGAUUAUGUCAAAAGAUACCUCGACCAUGAAUCCUAUCGCCAAGCAGUAUUUUAUGAUGCGCCAACAGCAAGUCUUGGACGCAUAUAUGAAGAAGCAAGUACAGUCUCAGUCCGUAUCGAAUGGUGAUGGUGGCAAUGGUGAUGGUGAUGCUGGGUUCGAUACACAAUAG